CGAAGACGGAGCGGCCACGUGCAAUCCUUUGCCUGGUUUCCACAUAUCGCCAUCUCCAUCUGCCUCACCGUUUGCAUGCCACCUACCGGUCCUGGAGCCAACUUGGAAAGAUUCAUCGCCAUCGACAGCCCUACCAGCUAUAAAGCAACAACCACCGUCGACGCAGCUCUGUGGGCCCGGUGACUGUACCUUGGUGCAGUUCGCUAACCGCUUUGCUUUUGCCAUGCAGGUUAGUCAAACAUAUGCACUUUUUGCUAAAAAAUCAGGCAAUUAUCUUCUGGUACAGCUCCCGAGCCCACGGUGCUGCGUCGCGAUUGCCACUGAGUGCAUUUCUGUCAUCCGUCUGCUAUUAAUCAUAUCUGGUGACGUCGAGACUAACCCUGGUCCUGCCAGCCUUGACAUUGUACUGGCCGAAUUGCAGAAACUAACCGCCGGCCAAACAACACUUGUGCAGGAGCUAAAGGGCCUGAAACUGCAGCUGACCACCACAGACAAAACAAUCAGUGACCUGAAUAAGCGCAUGACCGACUUAGAGGCCCAUUAUCAGGCUCUCAUGCCUCUACGCCAAGACAUAGAAAUACUGCAGACAACAUCAACUGAAACAACUCGCCUAGUCACAGCAUUAGAGGCCCGUUUCGACGACGCCGAAAACCGAUCUCGCCGCAAUAACCUGAUCUUCCACGGAAUUACUGACCCCACUACAAAUGGAACAUUUACUAAGUCUGAAGAAUUAAUAAUCCAGAUCUGCCGUAAUCAUUUACAAACCGACAUCAACCCCACAGAUAUAGAACGGGCACAUCGCUUAGGAAAACACACCAAAGAUCGAAAUCGUCCAAUAAUAGUAAAAUUCGCACAUUGGAAAACGAAAGACGCCCUUCUGUCAAAAGGCCGAAUGCUGAAAGGAACUAAUUAUAGUGUAGGUGAAGAUUUCUCUCGCCUGACUCAGAAAGCACGGAAGGCCCUUUUGCAUUUCGCCAAAUCUAAAUCACUUGCAUAUUCUCUACGCUAUAAAACUUUGUACAUUGGUCCUAAACGAUAUGUUUUUGGUGAAUCAUCUAACUCUGUAAAAGAAAUUGUGUAG